AUGUGCCCCAUCCUCGCGUGUCACCACAUGGCAUCGAGCGUCUCGGCGGUGUUGACUUCGUCGUCGUCGCCGGGCAGGAUGAGUUCACCGCGCAUCGACGCCGCGUCGUUGGAGUGCCGCGUGAUGCGGCUGAUCUUGCGAAGAGUCGGGGACGCAGAGGACAUUUCGGAAGGAAUGGCGUGGUCGUUAGCGAGCCGCACUCCGUGCUUGCAUGGUAUGAUGCAGUGGAAAAGGGCUAGGUCCCCGGUCAUGUGCGCUGUGAUGCCGCUGUCCAUGAUUACUCCUUGGUGUGCAGGCAGGCUCGUCCAGGGCACGGUAUACAACCGCAUGCUCAAUCAACUCGACUGUAAACACGUCUUCGUUGUAGUCUUUCUCAUCUUCAUUUGCAUAGUUGUCUUGUUCGUACCAGUUUGGUCGGCCGCCACGCCGACCGUGUACUGUGUGCCGACCGUGUCUGCCGCGUCCUCCACGUUCACCGUUUCCGGGGCCGCGACAUCGGUCGCCUCUGCCCAGCUUGGUUGCCGGCGAUUGCUUGGCCACGUGUUGACCGGCGGAAGGUUCCCCGCGACUCGUCACCUUGUUUGUCGCGGCAUUUCGCAACUCCAACUUUGGCGUUGGCGUUCCCGCAACCUCUAA